CUGUCUUAGUGGAUGUGAAGGCGGUACUUGUACUCAGUACUACUCAUGUUCAUCCACUUGCCACACUAAAACUACCUACUACACAAGUUGUGGCUUCUUGUGGCUGUCCAGAUGUGCAAGAGAAAGAUCUAAAUCUUAUACCUGCUACAAGCAGUGCAGUCGAAUGGUGUGUUGUACUGGAUAUCAGGGGUGGUUAUGCAUGCAAGCAACUUGUUUCGGAUCGACCAGUUGCCCAAAUGGCGGAACGUGUACUGCUCCGAACAAGUGUAGUUGCCUAACAGGCUAUACCGGCACAAAGUGUUCACCAACUUGUUUUGGAUCGACUAGUUGCCCAAACGGCGGAACGUGUACUGCUCUGAACACGUGUAGUUGCCGUACAGGCUACUCCGGCACAAAGUGUUCAGCAACUUGUUUCGGAUCGACUAGUUGCCCAAACGGCGGAACGUGUAUUGCUCCGAACAAGUGUAGUUGCCUUACAGGAUAUUCCGGGACAAAGUGUUCAGCAAUUUGUUUCGGAUCGACCAGUUGCCCAAACGGCGGAACGUGUAUUGCUCCGAACACGUGUAGUUGCCGUACAGGAUAUUCCGGCAUAAAGUGUUCAGCAACUUGUUUCGGAUCAACCAGUUGCCCAAACGGCGGAACGUGUAUUGCUCCGAACACGUGUAGUUGCCGUACAGGCUAUUCCGGCACAAAGUGUUCAGCAACUUGUUUCGGAUCAACCAGUUGUCCAAACGGCGGAACGUGCAUUGCUCCGAAUACGUGUAGUUGCCGUUUAGGCUAUUCCGGCACAAAGUGUUCAGCAAUUUGUUUCGGAUCGACCAGUUGUCCUAACGGCGGAACAUGUAUUGCUCCAAACAAGUGUAGUUGCCGUACGGGCUAUUCCGGCAACAAGUGUUCAGCAACUUGUUUCGGAUCGACCAGUUGUCCAAACGGCGGAACGUGUAUUGCUCCGAACACAUGUAUUUGCCGUACAGGCUAUUCCGGCACAAAGUGUUCAGCAAUUUGUUUCGGAUCGACCAAUUGCCCAAACGGCGGAACGUGUAUUGCUCCGAACACGUGUAGUUGCCGUACAGGCUAUUCCGGCACAAAGUGUUCAGCAACUUGUUUCGGAUCAACCAGUUGUCAAAACGGCGGAACGUGCAUUGCUCCGAACACGUGUAGUUGCCGUACAGGCUAUUCCGGCAUAAACUGUACAGAUGAUGAUGAAUGCAAUGACCAAACCCACUUGUGUGACCAUAAUUGUACAAACGAGGAAGGGGCGUAUAGCUGCUCAUGUAGAACGGGAUAUUUGUUGGACACAAAUAAUCGCACUUGUUCUGACGUCGACGAAUGCAAUGGAUCGGUGAGAUGUGAUCAUAUCUGUAGCAAUCUGAAUGGGACGUACGCUUGCUCCUGUAGAUCUGGAUAUGUUCUGGAUCAUGACAAUCAGACAUGUUCAGAGUUGACAACUUCUACCAACAUGGCGUUGACAUCUUCUCUGUCUACAUCUGGAGUAAUAGUUGUCGUUUGCGUUGCUGUCGUUGUCUUCCUUGCAUUAAGGAGAUACCGCUCAAAAGCUGAGACAAGAAUGGAAAACGGAGUUUCUUAUAGCCAAGAAACGGUUGCCUUCGAAAAGCUUCGAGCGACGAGAGAUGCGAAAUCCCCGGAGAACCCAUAUACAUCUUUAUCGGGCGAAGCUGAAUGCUGUGGGGCUAUGGGCAAUUGCCAAGAGGAGCAGGAAGUAUCAACAGUGAACGCCAUAAAAUAUCCCCUAUACGACAACACUGACCUGAUGUCUGAUGUGCCUCAAAACCGCAUAAGAGGCAUUAAAAGCACAUAGAUCUACACUUGUGUAAUGUUCUUAUUAAGAGGCCAUGAAAAGGUACCUAUGCUGGGGUUUAAACCAACAACAUCUUCGGCGAGAGGCGGACAAGCAUACACCGAGACCAUUCGCACAUUCUUCUUACUUCAAACCCACGAACUAACAAUAUAUCUAAAUUGUCACAGACUGAAACGUUGUACUAAUUUGAUUUAAUUUUGCUUGACUAAAUAUUAAUUAACAUGCGAUUAAUACAUGUAUAAACUGUUCUGCAUUGUUUAAAAAACGCGAUAUAUGUUUCUACAAAGCGAUUGCUUUCAGUGGUUAACUUAUUUGAUACAAUAUCAAUAUCUCUAUAUGUAAUUGAAUGAUCCGUAUUUUGAUUAUAAAUACAAAUACCAGAAACAAACCAUGAACGCACAAAACAGCUUUACCAAUAACAGCUCUGUAUGAAUAACGGUACAUUAUCGGUGUACAAAUGUGUCAUCUUUUUAAUAAAUGGGCAUAGGGUCACAAUGAGUUGUUUGAAUUUUCAAAAAAAAAUAUUCCUGCUAAUACUUCCUUCACACAUGUUGAACGGCAAUAAAAGAAGUUCCUAUAAAUACUAUUGACACACACAUAGUCGAAAAUAAGCUUGAAUCCAAAGUGUACAAAUUGUGGGAAAUGGAGUUAGUAAUUUACGUUAGGAUCGUUGAAACACAUAUUUUCGACGCCUGUUGAGCGAAAUAAUCAGUAGUUGUAAUGAAUGGGGUGCUUUUAUAGAUAUUAUGGUCGAGCAGUGGUCAACCGAAUGCAAAAUUCCGUGCAAUAUACAACAAUAUUUAGGUUUACUACCUUGGCCAACAUGUAAACAAAAUAUUUUUAUGUGCGCCCGCUUCUAUAUUUUUAGCCGUCAAUCAGAUUUUUUGUGGGAAUAUUUUUUUUAAAGCUGAAAAAAUAAUCAAUUAUAAUUUUUCUACGCUAUUUUAAGUGUUUUUGUAAAGGGAAGUUACCGAUCCGUGGUGUUUUAUACUGUUUAUCGAUCGGUUUAGCAUUGGUUCAAAAAAAUCAAUCAAAAUGGUUGCUUCCGGUAUAAACACUGUGACUAAGUUUUGGAAAUUUAAUUUUAUUUUUGAAAAUAAAUGUGUUUUGACCAUA